GUCGGGGCGGCCGCGGGGACCGCCGCCCCGCCUGGCGACCUCCCCACCGACGCGGAGGGGCGCAGGCUGCUGGUGGAGCAGCUGACCCAGGCGGUGCUUCGCAAGACCGAGCUGGACAGUCGCCUUGGGGUCGUGGCGAAGGAGUUCCGGCGAGACGGCAGACGGCAGAUUGGGGACCUGCAGCAGUGGCAGCGCGGCAUGCACGCGGCCGCGAGCCAGGACAUUCGGCGCCAGAGCGAGGCCCUGCGUGGCCUGCUGGAGGAGAACGCGCGGCUCAAGGACGCGGUGCGGGGUUUGGUGGACUGGCUGCUCGCCCAGGGCCUGGCGCCUCCGCGCGCCGUGGAGCCCGCGCCCGGCUGCUGGGGAGCGCCGGCCGCCCCUCCCGCCGCGUCGGGCCCCGCGGCGCAGAAG